AUGGCCUACGACCGGUACCUGGCCAUCUGUCGGCCGCUGCACUACCACACACUGAUGACCAGGAGGAGACUCUCUCAGCUGGAAAUCUCCUAUGACUGGUGUCUCUUUCAAAUAUUUGUCUUGUACUCCUACGCGUCUUGUGAGCUGUCUAUCCUGGCCCUCAUGGCCUACGACCGGUACCUGGCCAUCUGUCGGCCGCUGCACUACCACACAUUGAUGACCAGGAGGAGACUCUCUCAGCUGGUGAGUUUCUCCUGGCUCACUCCUUUCUCCAUAUUAUCAAUCAGUAUUCUGCUCACAUCCAGACUGGAGCUAUGCAGGUUUACAAUUAAGAGACUCUUCUGUGUGAACUGGAUGAUUGUUCAGCUCGCCUGCCCCAACAGCAACACCCUCUCAAAUAGCAUAGCUUCAUAUGCAACAAUUUUAAUCUAUGUCUCUCAUGGCUGUUUCAUCGUUUGGACUUACAUGCACCUCGUGCGAACAUGUGCAACCUCCAAAGAAAGCAGGGUGAAGUUCAUGCAGACAUGCGUGCCUCAUUUGAUCUCUCUGACCACUUUCGUGACUGUGAUAUUUUUCGAUUUGAUGUAUAUACGAUUUGGCUCUGCAGAAAUUCCUCAAAGCCUUCAAAACUUUAUCGCUAUAGAGUUUCUACUCUUUCCCCCGAUGAUGAACCCUUUGAUAUACGGAUUCAAAUUGACCAAAAUACGAAACAGAAUCCUGAGCAUAAUUUAUGCAACAACACAUUAAGAACAUAUUUUUUCUGUUUAUUUGUUUAGUUUUAUUGAUAAAAUGUUUGUUCUCCAUCAUCAAUUUGUGAUCAAGCUUUGUGUGCAACGCAUCUAGGAUGUUUUUCACAACACAACAUAGAAAGUGAUGUUUUUCUUGUAAACUAGCUGUUGUAAUCCUCCAUGAAUGUCAAAUAAAAUUUUAUUCACAUUGUAGUUUUCUCUGUAGAUUUUUGGGAACCUUGAAUGAAAAGGGGUCUACCAAAACUGCUGA